CCACACCCAAGCACGCGAGAGAGACGAGCCCGAACCCAACCGCAAGGGGGAGCACGGAAGAGAGCCAGCCAGACAGACGGAGUGAGCCGUCCCAACUACCGACGGGCAUGAGGGCCACCGAGAUGUUGACCGCCGCGGCGGGGGGUGCCGCCGGGACGACGCCGUCCACGGCCUCGGUGGCCGGCCUGGCCGGGGCUAGCGUGGGCGUCCCCGCCGCGGGCGCCGGCGGGAACUUCCCCCUCGGCGCCGCCCUCCUCGCCUUCGCCUUCGCCAACUUCGUCAACGUCCUCUCCAUCUGGUUAAAGGAGAAGAAAUGGGAUGCAAGGAAGUUUCUUAUUUCUUCUGGAAUUAUUUCAUCUCUCUCUGCGGCGGUGGCAAGUUUGGCUGUGGCGGUUGGUCAACAAGAAGGCGGGGAUAGCUCUGUUUUCGCCCUUGCAUUGGUUUUUGCUGCCGUUGUAAUGUAUGAUGCAUCUGGAGUUAGGUUUCACACCGGCCGGCAAGCUGCGUUGCUAAAUCAAAUAGUUUCUGAUUUAUCACCGGAACAUCCAAUUAUCUCUACAUUUAGGCCGCUUCGGGAACCUCUUGGACACAGUCCAUUUCAGGUUUUUGCCGGAGCGCUUGUUGGUUGUACAGUAGCGUAUUUAAUGGGGAAAUCUGUAUGAGAAAUACUAGUUGGCAAUUUGCCUUAUACUCAGAUUAUACUACUACUACUUAUAUAAAGGAACCUUUUUUGUGUGUAAA